AUGGCUCCUUCCGCCUGUCGCGCCUGCGGAGGUUCGGACAUAGACAUCGACCAGGCCCGGGGCAGCGCGGUCUGCACGUCCUGCGGUUCUGUGCUUGAGGACAACAUCAUCGUCUCGGAGGUGACGUUUGUCGAGGGCAGCGGGGGAGUCUCCUCUGCGGUCGGACAGUUCGUGUCCUCUCAGGGUCCCGCCAAGACCCCCCUGUUGGGCUCCGGGUUCCACUCCGGUCUGGGCAAAGAGUCCCGGGCUCAGACGCUGCAGAACGGGAGGCGGCAGAUCCAGUCUUUGGGGAGCCAGCUGCAGCUGAACCAGCACUGCUUGGACACUGCUUUUAACUUCUUUAAAAUGGCGGUCAGUAAACAGUUGACCCGCGGCCGAAAGACCCAGCACCUGAUCGCGGCGUGCUUGUACCUGGUGUGUCGCACGGAGGGCACACCACACAUGCUGCUGGAUCUGAGUGACCUGCUCCAAGUCAACGUGUACAUUCUGGGGAAAACCUUUUUACUUUUAGCGAGAGAACUGUGCAUCAACGCCCCUGCCAUCGACCCGUGUCUGUAUGUCCCGCGCUUUGCUCACAUGCUGGACUUUGGGGAGAACACCCACCAAGUGUCCAUGACCGCCCUGCGCCUGGUGCAGAGGAUGAAGAGAGACUGGAUGCACACGGGGCGACGGCCUUCAGGUCUGUGUGGAGCAGCGCUGCUAGUGGCCGCUCGUAUGCACAAGUUCCACCGCACUGUGAAGGAUGUGAUCAGUGUGGUGAAGGUUUGCCAGGCCACGCUUCGCAAGAGGCUCACAGAGUUUGAGGACACACCCACGAGCCAACUGACUAUCGACGAGUUCAUGAAGGUGGACUUGGAGCAGGAGUGUGAUCCGCCGUCGUUCACAGCGGGGCAGACCAAGAGCAAGAUGCAGCAGCUGGAGCAGGAGCUGGCAAAGAAACUGGACGAGGCGGUGGAGGGAGAGAUCAGCGUUUUCAAGGAUGAAAUAGAGACUGAGCUUGAGAAGAGCAGACCCAAACUCAGGGGCAUCUAUGCAGCUUACGCUAAGCACCUAGACCCUGAAGACAAAGAGCCUGUAAUAUCUGACUCCGAAGAGCCAGACCCUGAAGUCGCAGCCCAGCAUAUUUCAGAGGACUUUCUUUGCAAAGUUAUCCAAGCAGAGACUGGACAGAGUGCCGGGCCCCAGGAACCUGAAGUGGGGCCUAUGAGACACUCUUUACCAAUAGAAUCCUUCCUCGGGAAACUGAGCAGUGCUCCCUCUGAGACCAGCAAGAAACUUCCAGACGAGGAGGAGUCUGAAGGAGAGCUGGACUUGAACGGGAUCGACGACAGUGAAAUAGACAAAUACAUUCUGAACGACAAAGAAGUGCAGGUGAAGACGGCACUGUGGAUCAAACAGAACGAGGAGUAUCUUCAGGAGCAGAAGGAGAAGGAGGAGCGGAUUCAGAAAGAGAAAGAACAGGGCACGUACAAAGAGAAGCCAAAGAAGUCUAGACGCCGUCCAGCUCAGGUAGAGGCACAGACGGCCAACGAGGCCAUUGAGCGGAUGUUGGAGAAGAAAAAGAUCUCAAGUAAAAUAAACUAUGACGUGUUGCGGGACUUGAACCGCAGUGACUCCGGAAACGCUGUCCUGGAGACGGCAGACAGUGCUCUCACCACUGCCGCAGAUCCUGAAAAGAAAUGCCUCAAGCGACAGAGAAGCCGCAAGAGUAAAGACAGUAAAGGGUUAGCAGCCACAGCUAGCAGCAUGGGCAAGAGGCUCCGCCCACUUAUUCCAGCCUCCACCAAAAAGAAAAAAGUUCCGGUGGUCCUCGAACAAAUGACUCCCGCAGUAACAGCCCCAGAGAAGACGCAGCCUGCUCCUCGUGAGGCCACUCCUCCUCCAGAGCCUCCUCCUCCUGCCGAGGUCCCACAGGCAGAGGACCCCCACACAGAGGAGGAAGAGGAGGAGGAGGACGAGCCGUGUGUCAGUGCCCUCAAACUCAUUGGAGACUAUGGCUGCGAAGAUGAGGAGGUCUAUUAG